GCAUAUAAUAUAAACCAAGCACAACAUCCACAGAACAUGUCAAUUCGCUUUUGGCAAAUGUAUAUAUGAUUUAUAUCAAGAGGAUGAUCAGUAGGUUUAAUGUAUGGUAAUGAUAAAACUGUAUUUUGUAUAUAUAUCUUACACUUGAAAAUGUCAUUGUAGUCACUUUUAUCAGUGGUAUUGUAUCGUAGAUCACAUGUAUAAUUAUUUAUCCGAACUUUAUCAUGAUUUUGCCUUGAAACAUUCUUUCACAUUAUUUUACCCUACCCCCUCUAUCAUUCUUUUUCUGUCCUUCCCCCUCUAAUACUCCUCAUGCACCGUGCCAGAUGCGUCGCGUGCCGGCCGAGGAGUGCUCGUUCAACCCCUGGUGCGGCGCCCUAAUCCACCAGGACACGGCGCCGCCCCUCCUGACCCGCUUGACGGUGCUGUGGACGGCGCUGCUGGUGUCCCUCGUGUUCAUCUGGGCGCCGAGGAUCCUCACCUUCCGCCCGACGAACCCCUGCCUCGUCUGGCUCAGGCGCCAGACACCGCGACACGUGUUGUUGCUGGCAGCUGGGGGCGCUGUCCUCCAGCUGGUGUUGGAGCACCUGAUCCUGCCUGCCCUUCUGCCGCCUACGCGUCUCCUCACCCACACCGUGUCCUUGUCCGCCUUCUGCUUCGCCAGCAUAAUCACCACCGUCGUCCUGAUCGCGCGGCCGACGGGAAAAGAGGCGUAUAAAAACCAUUCUCUCGGGGAACGGACUCCGGCGUCGAUAGGGUCGACCACUGACCCUCAGGGAGUGUUGAGGGACAUUGGUGAAGAUAAACUGCCUUGACUUAGAUUGAUGUUGUUGCAUUGUUUCCAGAAUAUAAUUACUUCAUUUCAGCAUUAAUGUUAUGCCUGGGUUUAUCUUCCAUCAUCUUCACUGCCAUUUAUGUGCAAAACAGGAGCAUAAUAUUUAUAUUUUCAUAAAGCAAUAAACUAAUAAGGCAAU